UCACCUCACUUUCAUGCCACAUAAUUUGUCACCCCAACCCAACCAGCAAAGCCAUGACAUCACUCACAAAGAUUCCUCUUAUUAUGAUACUGUUUCAUCUAUUCCUGUUCCUAUAUCAAAAAACAGAUAUAUCAAACAACAAUUCAGAAAAACAUCAACUCAAACCGAGUAAGUGCAUGUCCUGUGCUUCAAAAUGAAGAAAGCAGAAGUAGUGUUUAUCCCUUUUCCCGCUGUAGGUCAUCUAGUUUCUGCCCUUGAGUUUGCGAAGCUUCUAAUCAACCGUGAUAACCGUCUCCGAAUAACCAUCUUAGUCAUCAAACUCCCACAAACCGCAGAAUCCGAUGUCUACACUAAAUCCAUUCCCAUAUCUGAUUCUCUUAAUGUCAUCAACCUUCCAGAAGUUUCUCUUCCCCAAACCUCUGAUCCAGGUUCCGCUAUGAACGCUCUCCUUGAUGCUCACAAACCAAACGUCAAACAAGCCGUCUCUAACCUCGAUGUCACCACCUUCGUUGUUGACAUGUUCUGCACCAACAUGAUUGAUGUUGCCAAGGAAUUUUCCGUCCCUGCGUUUGUGUUCUUCACUUCGAGUGUUGCUUUCCUUGGUUUGAAUCUUCAUAUUCACACUUUGUUUGAACGAGACAACGUCGAUUCAACUCAGCUGGAGCAACUGACUGAAUUGUCCCUCCCGAGUUUCGCUAACUCCGUUCCUACAAAAUCGUUGCCCAGUGCAGUAAUACGCAAGGAAUCCGAGUCGUUUUUCAUGAGCUAUGCAAAAGGCCUCAAGAAGGCUGAUGGUUUUAUAGUAAAUUCAUUUGAAGAGCUAGAAUCCCAUGCAGUUCAUUCAUUUUUAUCUGAUACUAUUCUAGCUGGUUUACGGAUAUAUCCUGUGGGACCCAUAUUAAACCCAGAGCCCAAAACCAAGGACCCCAUUGAUUAUGAUGAUAUCAUCAAGUGGCUUGAUGAUCAACCUCCUUCCUCAGUAGUUUUCCUCUGCUUCGGGAGCAGAGGUUCUUUCGAUGAAGAUCAGGUUAAGGAGAUUGCACUUGCUAUUGAGAAUAGUGGGGCUCGCUUUGUUUGGUCUCUACGUAAACCCCCACCAAAGGGCGCCAUGAUUGCGCCAUCUGAUUACCCUCUUUCUGAUUUAGGUUCCGUUUUACCCGAAGGAUUCUUAUAUCGGACUGUAGAGAUUGGAAGGGUGAUUGGUUGGGCUCCACAGGCCCAAAUACUAGCCCACCCGGCCACGGGAGGAUUUGUCUCACAUUGUGGCUGGAAUUCGACACUGGAGAGCAUAUAUUUUGGUGUUCCACUUGCCACUUGGCCGAUCUUUGCUGAACAACAGACAAAUGCUUUUGAACUGGUGUGUGAGUUAAAGAUGGCGGUGGAGAUUUCAUUGGAUUACAGAGUGGAGUUUCUUGGCGAGCCUAACUAUCUUGUAACUGCUGAUAAGAUUGAGAGAGGAAUAAGGAGUGUGUUAGAUAAGGAUGGAGAAGUAAGGAAGAAAGUGAAAGAGAUGAGUGAAAAAAGUAAGAAGACUUUGUUAGAGGGAGGAUCUUCCUACACUUAUUUAGGUCGUUUGAUUGAUUAUAUUAUUGAUGAGGUAUGAGAUUAGCAACAUAAAUCAAUCUAUCAAGUUUUUUAUCUUUCUUUUCUUGUACUACAUCUUUUUAGUAGGAUUGAGAACAUUUUGUACUCAACUUCUGUUGGUCUUUAAUUAAGAUUUUUGGAUCAUUAGUAUUGAUAAAA